AUGUCGCGCCACUUUUCCCCCACUGCAUCUCGUUCCGAUCAUGACGAAGCACUUGUGCUAAAUCUCAAGGCAGCCGUCCUGAAUGUCGUGCCGGCGGUGGUACAGCAACUGUACACACAAACGUACGAGAUAGCACGACCUGUUGCACGGAAGCUCUUGUAA